AUGUCGACCAGCCGCUCUCGCUAUUGGCUCCUCCCAAACUCCACCGAUAUUGACGACGGAGAUCUGUCGGAUGAAAACUCAAAGGCCUUGGCCCUCCAAUCCUACAUCAACCCAAGCGAAAGCCGUUUAUUGGGAUCUCGGGGAUCUACGAAGGGCAAGUCCUUCAAGUAUUCCGAAGCCGUGGCCAGCCGCAUCUGUGCCGGUCGCAGACUGACCAAAACCUACAUCGCCUUCUCAAUCCUCAUCCUCACCAUAUUCGCCUCCGUCGUUGGAGGGGGUGGAUAUUGGGUCUACACCAAAGGACCGAUCAACGGUCAAUCACCGCCAUGGUAUCCUACCCCACGAGGAGGGACUCUGUCAUCAUGGCGGGAGAGUUACGACAAGGCUCGCCAAAUGGUGGAGCGUAUGAGCCUGGCUGAGAAAGUCAACAUCACCACGGGCACAGGAUGGGCCAUGGACUUAUGUGUAGGUAACACUGCUCCUGCCGUGGACGUCGGCUUCCCAGGACUCUGUCUCCAGGAUGGUCCCUUGGGAAUACGGUUCUCUGAUCAUGCCACCUCCUUCCCGGCGGGCAUCACGGUGGGUGCCACCUGGAAUCGUGAUCUCAUGCGCAAACGUGGUGCGGCCCAUGGACGGCAGGCGAAACUGAAAGGAGUCCACGUCCUUCUCGGGCCUGCCAUGGGACCUCUUGGACGAAACCCUGCUGGCGGUAGAGUCUGGGAGGGCUUCGGCAGUGAUCCGGUCCUCCAAGGCGUUGCUGCAUAUGAGACCAUCCAGGGAAUCCAAUCCCAAGGCAUUAUUGCUACCGCGAAGCACUUCGUGGGAAAUGAGCAAGAACAUUUUCGGAGAUCUUUUGAAUGGGGGCUGCCAGAGGCUCUUUCUUCCAACAUCGAUGACCGAACCAUGCACGAACUAUAUGCUUGGCCAUUCGCGGAGAGUGUGAGAGCUGGAGUUGCGAGCAUUAUGUGCUCUUAUCAGAUGGUGAACAAUUCCUACGCCUGUGCGAAUAGCAAAUUGAUCAAUGGUAUCCUCAAAGAUGAGCUCGGAUUUCAAGGGUUUGUCCAGUCUGAUUGGCUAGCACAACGCAGUGGUGUCGCCAGUGCCCUGGCAGGCCUUGACAUGUCCAUGCCUGGAGAUGGGCUCUUUUGGGCAGAUGGGAAACCGCUCUUCGGUGAUCAACUCACGAUCGGAGUGCUCAACGGCUCAGUUCCUAUGACGAGACUGAAUGAUAUGGUAACACGUGUCGUUGCGGCCUGGUAUCAGUUGGGCCAAGAUUCAGGGGCCUCAGAAGGACCAAGUUUUUCUUCCUGGACGGGCGAUGAAUAUGGGUACCUGCAUCAUGGAAGCAGCAGCAAGCAAGAAAAAGUGGUGGUCAAUAGAUUUGUCGAAGCCGAGAACGAUGAGAGCCGGGACAUUGCUCGACAAGUUGCAAAUGAGGGGAUCGUGCUCCUGAAGAAUACCGACUCGAUUUUGCCUUUAAGCCCAGAACUUUCCGACUUGGGUUCUAACGGCGUGAAGCGGGUUGCUGUAAUCGGGGAGGAUGCUGGUCCCGGUAAAGGCCCCAAUUAUUGUGAGGAUCGAGCAUGCAACCAAGGGACUCUCGCGGUCGGCUGGGGCUCUGGCGCCACAGAUUUCACAUACCUGAUUGAUCCGCUUUCAGCAUUGAACGCAAGCUUCGAUAGGACCGCUGUUGAGAUUACCAGCUCUCUCAUAAACACUGUUCCUUCCAAUCUCAAAGACAAACUUGCGGAACAGGACCUGUGUUUUGUCUUUGGCAAUGCAGACUCUGGUGAAGGUCAUCGCAUUUGGCACAGACAGCGUGCAGACCGAAACGAUCUGGACAUUCAAAAGGGCGGAAGUCGUUUGAUUCGCAAUGUUGCCGAGGCCUGUGGAGGUCCUGUCAUAGUCGUCAUUCAUUCCGUUGGCCCGGUGCUCGUUGAUGAGUUUGCCGACUUGGAGGCCGUCAAGGCUAUCCUCUUCGCCAAUCUUCCUGGCCAAGAAAGUGGAAACGCUCUUGCUGAUGUUCUCUUCGGCCGGACUGACGCCUCAGGGAGACUUCCGUACACCAUUGGGAGAAGUCUCAAGGACUACGGUCCCGGGGCCCCUGUUCUCUACUAUCCCAACUCCAUUAUUCCCCAGGUCGACUUCAAAGAAGGCCUAUUUAUCGACUAUCGACAUUUUGACAGGGAGAACAUCGAACCUCGAUAUCCCUUUGGUCACGGAUUAUCGUUCACCCAAUUCGAAUUAUCGGAGCUAGCAGUUACGGCCUUGAAGCCGAAAUCUCCCCUCCCUUCACCGAGGCCCGACACAUUGGAUCCGCCUAGCUUUGACGAGACCAUACCACCAAUUGAGAGCGCGCUGUUCCCCAAUGGUUUUUCUAAGCUUCGAAAAUACAUCUAUCCUUACAUAUCGAGUGCGAGGCAGAUCAAGCAAGGGAAAUAUCCAUAUCCAGACGGCUACGAUAUUGCGCAAAAACCUAGUCCAGCUGGAGGUGGAGGAGGAGGCAAUCCAGCCUUGUUUGAAGACUAUGUCGAUGUCCGAGUACGCGUGAAGAAUAGCGGUCACCGCAAAGGAAAAGCCGUCGUUCAACUGUAUGUGUCGUUUCCUCCGUCGACGCAGGAACCGUCAACUGGAGAGGUUAUCGAGACACCUGUGAAAGUGUUGCGCAACUUUACCAAAAUCGAGCUUGAGCCAGGCUCUGAUCAACUUGUCCAUCUCAGCUUGACGAGAAAAGACUUGAGCUAUUGGUCUGUUAUUCAACAGAAUUGGGUCAUGCCCAGUGGACCAUUCACCUUAGCGGUAGGACGAAGUUCUCGAGAUCUUCCUUUGCAGGGGACCUAUUAA